AUGUCAAUCAAAUGGGGAAAUUUUUUGGUUUUGCUGGUGAUAUUUAUCUUUCAGUUAGAGUCAACGCAGGCCAUAUGGUUUCCGUGGUACUUCCAUCGUUAUGGCUUUGAACCGCACAGCAGCCGUCAUAGUGGAGCUGUGAACAUAGCUCCGUCUAGUGGAUCUAGCAAAGGACCAACUUCCAAAUCAAAUAAAGGUAGCUUGGCAACCUGCCCACCUGGCUAUGAACUCAAGGGUUCGAAGUCUAUUUCUCCAAGCGUUUACCUGUGCGAUGAUAACCCCGUUGUAAUGCAGCUCGCUAGACUAUAUGUGGUCAGUCCGGAACGAAUUGUGCUCCUCCUGGCCCAGCCCCUGCUGACUGAGUCGUGCGAUGAGAUUGCCGAUGUCCUGGAGCACAUACACAGCGCCACAAGUAACUGUAUAUUAACUGACGACAACAUUUAUGGCAAGCUGGCCAAUGGUCUUAUGUACUAUAAGACAGAGGUUUGUGAUGGCGGAAGCGAGGGCAGCAGCAAUAAAAAACGCUGCGCCAGUCUGAAUGAUGCACACAACUGCCUUAAAGAGCUUCGCACAGACAUGAUCGAAUGCGAAGCACCAGCGGAUUGGUAUGAGAAGCGAAAUGCGACUAAAGUCUGUCAGACUUUUAACGAUGUUCUCGACUGCUACUAUACAAGGGGUGCUAUGUUGUGCGGCUUGGAGGCAGCCAAACAGCUUAGAUCCUUCGCUGGCGAUAGUAUGAAACGUGCAAUGAUCUAUCCCUGCGAGGUGAAGAAACGUUUACCAAAAGUAAAUGAUCCCAUGCUUAUAUCAGGGACCUCUGGUAACAAGGCCAAAAGUUAUAUUUAUAGUUUGCUAUUCGCAUAUUAUUUGCUUAAAGUUAUUUAAAUUUUUUGCUACCACGAAUAUCUGUAUUUAUAUAUUUUUGAUAUGCUGAUAUACUGGCCUGUUCGGGGCGGGCAACUCAUUUAUCAACUG